CCGGAAGUGACACAAUACGUUACCGUAAAGCACGAAGAGGAUGUGCAGUCAUCAGUCCCACUGACAACUUACUGACAACUCCUUCUCUAUCUACAGUAUGUCAACUACUGGUGUGUUAUGCCUGCCCUUUGCUGACAAUUCUAUGCUUAGCAGGAAUUAAAUGUUAAUUCAAUGAACUCAAACAGUAAGUGACCUAAUAAUAGGAUGAUACUGGUAAGAGACAAAGUAAUUACAUUGUUGUUGAGACAUAAGCUUUCAUUGAAUUGAGAAAUUUAUGAUUUAUUUGUCUUUCAAACACUGUGCCACACUUUGAUGAUCGUGAAACAGAUGGAUGAACAGGAAUGGAGGAUAUGUUUUGCUCUGUGCUCUCUAUGCUGUCUUCCACUGAGGCAGGGGGCAGCCAGUGAUCUUCUGCACUGUGUUGACCCUUUGAAAAGCUCUCUGUUUUCUGCUGAGCAACCAGUGUACCGAGAUGCACUACGCCAGUACGUUCUCGAUUUAGGAGCAGUAGAAGGUGAAAGUGUGGCCACUGCUGUUCCUACUUCACAACUCUUGUCUGCAAGUCAGUCCUUGUCAGAGCCACUAUGAAUCGCAUUGGCUGUCUUUUGGUCUCAGAGGCUGUUUUCGGUCCCAGUUCAGUGGGGGGCUGCUGAGCCUGGUUCUGUUGUCCACUCACCUGGUUCUUCAUUUGUUGCUUAUUCAUAAUCAUUCCCUUCUAGAUCCUGUAUAUGCCAGUCUGCCCACAAAGAUCAGUGAAGGGGAAGAGAAAAUCCCUGCAGACCCCUUACAUCCUGAACUCAACCAGUUCUAACUUCUGUACACCAAAACAAAGAAACACAACUGUUUCUUCUGAACUUUUCUGAAAUGUCGCUGGAACUGAGUACCAUCCAGGUAAAGUUAAUGGACUAAACUAUGAAUACUACCUGUUGUGCUCUGGCUUUAGUUAUUGUACACUGCUUCUCUAGCCUCUCUUUAGCCUUAGUAUAGGGUGCACACUCUAUUGGGUGAUCUUCUGAGGUGCCCCUCUGUAAACACCAUUAAUACAAAAUUAAAAAGACACGUUUGUCACUGAAACUUGACAAGAAGCCAAUCACUAUAUUCAUGUCUUUGAAUGAAUAGCAAAGUUAAGCAAACAAGAGACAUCUAAUGUAGACAUCUUAAUGGUAAUUUUAAUUGCUGAAAUACUUUUUUUGUCUUACAGAUGUGGGAGAAGACCUUCUAAGAAUGUGCAAGAGAAAUGUAAUGUUAAAUAGACACAUGAUGGAGCCCUCAGGUGGUGAGAUCAGAGUGAGACAGUUGGAUUGGCUCCAGCAUGACCUUUGUACAGAAUUUUCUACCUGCAGUUGAGACGCCAUUUUUUCGGCUCCAACAAUUUGGGAAUAAGGUAAUGAAGAUAUCACUUUUUCCAUAGUCCUUGAAGGUAAGUAAAAUGUAGAACUAAUAUUUUAAUAUAUUAGAUAUAUAAAUAGUCCAACUGUAUUGUUAAGUUUGUUAAGUGUUUAGUAAACUGACCUGACCAAACCGCUAUCAUUCAGCCUUGCUAACAUUAGCGAAAUGUAAAUAUCAGACCUGUUGGUAGUUUGUGCUUGGACAUGUAGGUUAAGUUAGUAGUUUGCUGGCAGGACUCUCUUGUUUUAAUAUCGUAACGCGAGCUUAAAGUUGUGUAUUCAUUCAGUGUGUUGGUGUUGGCUUACUGUUAGUUAUUCAUUAGCAUUAGCACAUUAUACCGCCAAGCUACGUUACGCUACUUCGGGCACGCGCAUUUAUACACAAGUAGUGGUUGGCAGUAUGCCUGUUGGCGCGCACAGUUCAUGCGGUCAUGGCCACGGGUGAUGUGGGAGGUAAGGUUUAACUGUGGUUACAGUAAAUGUGAAAUGCAGGUGAUUGUCUAUAAGCCCUUUUCAACAUAAGAUGUAAACAAUUUUUUAUGUACAGUACUAAUAGUUUUACUGGUAUAAUCAACACGACUCAAUCUUUGUAGAAUGGAGGACAAAUGUCUGUACAUUAAAAUUAGAAAUCAUAGAAGAAAGUAUUAUGCUAUUGAACACAGAAAAUACAGCCAUCAGAUUUCUUAUAGACCUAGCACACUUCUAGUCUGUGUCUGAAUACAUAUAUUUAAGUACAUAGAUGCAGAUGAACACUGUAAACAUCACCUCUGGUUUGAACCCUGGACAGUGCCACAACCUUUGGCUUGGUGUCCAAUGUGAUGCCCCACCGCCACCUUCUGAUCUAACUUCUUCUCAGCUCUGUGACUACUUCAAGAGGGGCAUUCCUGUGUGGAGGCGUGCCAGGCAGCUCGUUUUACCUGUGAACUUGCGUACUUUCACUUCAUUAACAACAAAGACCACCAUGGCUGGUUCAACACCUACAAGACUGAAGGUGAUUUUAGGAGAGAACAACAUUGAAAAGCUGACUCUUCCAAAUGGCAUCCCAGAGUCACUUGAAGACUUUCUUGGCACGAUAAAGACUACCUUUGGGUUAAAAGAUAACCUCAGACUGCAAUACAUGGACCAAGACUGGCAACGACUUCUUCAAUCUGAAUUCUACCACUGAACUUCAGAAUUUGGGGACAAUCAAAGUGAUCCACCAGCAAACAAAUCCACCUUUGAUCAGUGACCUUCAGUCCACUUCAUCUCUGUCUAUUUCUUUUGAGUCUGAUGACGGUGCUUCGGGUGCAUCAAAUGACACAAUUAUCCUCUCAUCCGCUGAAUCUGUGUCAUCUCGAACGCAACAGUGGCCAGAAGACUUUGCAAUUCCUUAAUUUUCAUAUGACACAGAGCUACAGCUAGAGAGGGGGAAUACUGAGUACCGUGUGAGCCAAAAAAUGUUGACUCUCAGCUCCCGAAUGCUGUCUGAUAUCCUGAAAAGAGAGUAGCAGAAGAAAUUUACUGUUACAAGGCCUAUCCAGAGGAUGCACAUUUCUGCGCAGCUGCAGAGGCCCUUAUCAAAAAGCACCCAUGUUUGAAAGAUCCUGGCUCAUUCAAUGGCUGCUACGGUUGGAAACGACUGAAGUACAAAAUGGCAAACUACAGGACCUAGCUCAAAUUACAGGGGUGUCCAGAGCUGUGUGUAAACUCCUUGAAAUCUAAAUCUACUACAGAUACUUACCCUGCUAAAAAAGUGAAGAAGCCAAAACGUUCUAAAGCUAACUUUUAUCCAUCCUUUCCUACUGGUGAGACUCUGGACAGCAUGGAAAAAGUGAGUCUAGAACUUCUGACAGUGAUCGGGAUAAGGGACAAUGAAAGGGUCAUUGCAGACAAAAUGGCUAACACGUUUGCCUACUGACGACAUGAGGUGGUAAACCAAGAACCAAGCAUUUGUUAAUUGAAGGACAGAUGGCCUGCACUCUUCACCCAGAAAGAGAUAAAUACAAAGUUCCAGAGGCUCAUGGCUGUUCCUCGAGGGGAAGUUCAUGGCCCAGUUAGACGUGCACUCAAGUCAGCUGAUCAAAGUCAUACGUGCCAAAGGAGGAGCAACACGCCAAAAGAUUGCAAACAUCAUGGACACAUUGGACCAGGACUGUGGAGCAGAUGAUGUUCAGAGGGACCUGGAGCAGGUCACUAUGACAGUGUUUGUGAUUCGAAAGGAGGGGGAGGGACUGCAGGAGCCACCUGCAGACGUUGGCAUCGUCAUUGAGGGCGUGGAAGUGUUGCAUGAACUGACUUCGGUUGCCUCAGCUCGUGCCCUGCUUCUAGAUUCAGAUACAGAAUUUUGCUGGACAGAGGACGAAGUAGCAGAUCUGUAUAACAACACCAGCUUUAUCAUUGCUGCUGAUGUUUGCUAUGAUGAUGAUCUGACAGAUGGCCUAUUCCGAACACUGUAUCGACUCUGCAAUAACUUUCAUCAUACCUGCACAAUCAUCAUUUCCUUAGAGAGAAGGUUGAACUUCACCCUGCGACACAUGGAUGUUUCCUGUGAAGCCUAUGACCAUUUCAGGAAGUGUCUGUCCCAACUCCAGGAGCUGGUGGACGGACGAUGCAGCUUCAAGGUGGAGCCGCUCCCUUCUAACUUCUCACAGUUUCUUCUGUAUGAACGCAUAGAGCAACUGAUUGUUCUACAUGCUCACGCUAGACUCUCCAGCACUUUUCUCCGGACUGAUCUCUGGUUGCCGACUCUGCCUGCCUUGGACUAACCUGUUUCGCUGUAAUCCUGGAAACCGACCCUGCCUUCUGUUCCCGACCACGAGUUCAGCUUCUGGCCCCUCUGGAUUCUGCCAGCUGGUGACAGCUCGACUACCGACGGCUCGUUCCUGGUUAGUCUGCUUCGUUGCCUGUUUAGCUGCUUGCCGGACUGGUUUCCCCAGCCAGAGACCCUAGACUUUCCCCGUGCCCAGAAAGACUAUUUCAGCUGUUGCUUUGAACUGUGCUACUUCUCGUCUACCAGCCAAGUGUAAUAAAAGUGACUUUCAUUUAUUACCUUCGUCCAGUGUGCUGCAUUUGGGUUCUUAAUACACCCGUUACAGUACAAUCUGGCCAAGAAUGGACCCAGUGCACCCUUCUUCGCCGCAGUCCCGGCUCGAGAGGAUUGAGGACGCACUGCAGCCAACACGAGGCAAGAUUCGCCUCCACAACAGCUGACAUCCAGCAGGCUAUUGUUAAUCAGGCACAAGGGCUAGCUAUGCUAGCUACUCAGAUCCAGCAGCUGGCAGCAGCCAUUUCCCAAUCUGCUGCUGCUGCUGCUGCUGCUCCGCCGGUACCACCCCAGCCAGCUGCAGUUCCCAUUCCUUUCAGGUCCCGGGUGGGACCUCCGGAACGAUACGCUGGAGAUCCGGAGGGCUGCAACCCCUUCAUCACCAACUGCUCCAUCCUCUUUGCUCUGCAGCCUCAGACUUUCGCUUCAGAAGAGGCUAAAGUAUUGUUCGCCAUCAAUCAUCUGACGGGUUGAGCCCGCCUGUGGGCAACAGCUGAGUGGGAACGCCAGACAGCUGCUUGCUCCUCCUUCCAAGCCUUCACCACGGAGCUUCGCAAGGUGUUCGGCAUAGCAUCCAUAGGCCCUGACAUCACAAGGGGUCUGAUGGACCUGAGCCAAGGAAAACAGACUGUCGCUAACUACGCCAUUGAGUUCCGCAUCAGGGCUCGCCAGAGCUACUGGAAUGAGGCCGCCAUUUGCAACGCUUAUCUGCAGGGUUUGAAAGACUUCAUUAAAGAUGAGUUGGUCUCUCACAACCUUCCCUCUUCCCUGGACGGACUGAUCGAACUCACAUCCCAGAUAGAUUGUCGCGUGCAGGGAAGACGCCGAGAGAGGCGGUGGGGACAGGCAGACCAGUGCUCGCUGGGCCCAUUAUAUGUUCCUUCUGAGACUUUGGGCAUCUCUAGUGGUCAUCAGGGGAGAGAGCCUGAACCCAUGCAGGUGGGCUGCACCAGUCUGACACCUGGGGAGCGGGAGC